AUGUCCUUUUCUGAUAAUAAUGUUGACUAUAAGCCAUUAAAGAGCAAAUCAUGCAGUGAAACAGAGGUACCUGCUACUAUUUCUUGGUGUGCUGCAGCACAGAAUAGGAUCUCUCACAGAAAGGUAGAACCAUACAAGGAGGAUUAUCUGGGAGAUUCUCGCAUCAGAAAGGUAGAACCAUACAAGGAGGAUUAUCCAGGAGAUUGUAACUCCAGGCGAUGUGUUCCAAACAUGAUGCAGAGGACUGUGCCAUAUGGACUGUCUAACUACAGAGGCAGCUUUAGAGGCAAAAGGUCUACAGGCCAGACUCCAAGUACUUCCCCAUCCUCAUUCCGAUGUUCCUGUUCGGAUGCUCAGGACAAGCAGUGUUUGCAGUUUUGCAGAAGAGUGCAGGACAGAAGAAGCUUUAACAUUUAUUUGCUGGAGCUCAGAAACAAGAACUUAAACUACAACUCUCCCUUGAGAUGGACAAACUUGAUGCUUCAGUGUGAUGCCAGUGGAGAAUUCAGCAGUAGGCAACACUUCCAUUUCAGCAGUGCCACUGAGGGCAUGGGAACCUGUAUGAAGAAGCUUUUCUCCCCUCGAGAGAGCCUCAGAAAAGGAUAAUCUUUAUCAUGUAACCUGGCAGGGAAUGUAUCACUAUUGAGGAAAACUUCAAAGGCAGACCCAAACUUCAACAAUGCAAAGCUUCAGGAAACGUUUUUCUCUGUGAUUUAAACAAGUACAACAGAAACUGUUCCACUCACUGCUUGCUCUGUGUCUGAAGAAUCCAUCCACAGCUCUGUGCAGGCAGCUGCAAGUGGAGAAUGUGGAGAGUUAGAGGGA